CCGAGACAUCUUCCAGACAUAGCCUUUUAAUCUGGAGGUGUUGACUGGAUUUUUUUGUUCAAUUUGACUAUAUAUAAACGUGGUCCCCUAUUCAUAUUUCAAAGUCACUCUUAUAGCAGUCAGAGUACUUGUUUAGAAAGCUGCGUGCUACACAAAUUAUAUAUAAAAAAUUUAUUGUCCGUCCGAUUGUUCAUCGGCAUCUAUAUGAUAAGAUGAUCGUCAAUCGACAUAUUACAUGGAUUAUCUUUUCUUUUCAACUUUAUGAUUCACUUGGAAUUCCUGUUUUCUUCACAGACACUCUCUGUCAACAUAAAGGUUGUCAAAACAGAACAAUAGAAGGAUCGUAUAGCAUAGUGUCUUUUUAUUUUCCCGGGCAUCCCCAUGAUGAUUUCUUGAAAGAACUUAGCAAUGUCGGCGAAAGUUUAUCUGGAAGUUAUAACGAUGUGAUAUUUGGAGCAAAUGAACACGCGGUGAGAGAACAACAGCAUUCUAGUGAAUUAGGAAAGUACGAUGAUGCCAGAGAGCAAAGAAUCUUUAUGAAAGGAAAACGAAACAAUAGCUUUAAUAGAAAGAGGAAAGAAUUAAAUUGUUUAACACAAUACAACGAUCCAGUUCUCAUCACUGCGUGCCUACGUAAUGUAUAAAAGUGUCCCCUGAAUCAUUCAUGAAAUAUCUUAAUCCAGAGGAUACCGUCAAUGACGUGUUUUAACGUUUCAUAACUAUUGUAUGAAUGACGAUUCCAGUGAGGAUAAUAUAUUCUUUUAAUAUGUCUGUGGACAUACUCUUUCUCACACAGACAUUAACAAAGCACUGUGGAAGCUAAGUAGUUUUACACAUUCUCGAUCAAAUAAUGCACUUAUAUCUACAGCCAUUGAGUUGUUUAGAAAUUACGUAGUGCAAAAUAACAAUAUCUUAUAGCGUCCUUGGCUCUGUUAAGGACCACUCCAUUUGGCGUUAGUACAUCUGCAGCAAUGAUAAUAAGGUACUGUAUGCUGAAGCAAAGAGAGGUGUACAUGCAGAUUUUCGUACCUCUCUGCAAUAAUAA